AGGAGGAGGAAACUACAUGAUCAACAGAUCAAUGACGUUCACGGGAGUAUCAGACCACCACCAUCUAACUCAAAGAAGCCCGACCACGACGAAGACAAUCUAUCAGAUGAUGGGUCCCAUAUGAUGUUAGGAGGGACGAAGAAGAGGCUGAAUUUAGAGCAAGUUAAGGCAUUAGAGAAGAUCUUCGAGCUAGGGAACAAGUUGGAGCCUGAGAGGAAGAUGCAGCUAGGUAAGGCCUUAGGGUUGCAGCCUAGGCAGAUUGCGAAUUGGUUUCAGAACAGGAAAGCUAGGUUGAAGACAAAGCAGCUUGAAAGAGACUCUGAAGAAACAGUUCGAUGUUUUGAAAUCGGAUAAUGAUUCUCUUCUAGCACACAAUAAGAAACUCCAUGAUGGGUUCCAUAGAUGUCAAAGCUCGAAUCUGGGGUUUAUCAGAACAGAGGGUGGUCGCUUGGACCGAUGCUCAUGACUCCAUUUCAGCAAGUUACCAACACAACGGAAAUAUGGGGCAGCAAGAAAUAUUUUUUUUGUUGGAUCCAUCGCUUUUCAGGAUGUAGCACACAAGGUCUUUGCCCUUAAAGUUUUUCUUAACAGGGGAGACAUGGCAAGACUUAAGGAGAUUCAAGAAGCUGUCUUACAAAUGAGCGCACCAAAGGCUCUGAGAAAUGAACUGAUUCACAAACUGAGAAGUGAAAGAAUGUCGUAUCAUGGAGAUGAAUCAAGCUGGAACCGAUCAUGGGUGGCAAUUAAGAAGCUCUGGGCUUCAAAGUGGAACGUGAGAGCUUACGUCAGUAGAAAACUAGAGUUGACCCAUGAUGCCAUCUGCAUGUCGGUGCUGGUUCAAGAAUCAUGUGGUGAUUAUGCUUUCGUCAUUCACACAAACAAUCCUGUCACUGGUGAUCCUUCAGAAAUACACACAAGAGAUUGUGAAGGGUUUGGGAGAGACCUUGGUUGGAGGAUAUCCAGGACAAGCAAUGAGCUUUAUCACCAAGAAAACAAACCUCAACUCGCCAACCGUGAGAAACAAAAAACAGAUAGUGUUUGCAUGUUAACUCCAGUAAGUAUUUGAGCUGUGCAGGUGAUCAGUAGUUACCCAAGUAAGAGGAUAGUUCUGUACUCUAAACCCUCUAUCAUGUUCUUAGCAGGAAUGUUGUCAAAGUCUGUACACAUUAAUACCAAAUAAUUAGUUUCCCCCUAAGUAAUAGACAACCUAUAAAAACCAUUGUUUUCCUUAAUGUUUUUUUUUUUGGAUU